CCCUUUUCUCUCCUCUCAUCCGAGACGGGAGGGAUGCUGCUGCUGCUGCUGUGAGGGAGAGAGGUGAACGCAGUUGGAAAAGCAGGGCUUUUUUUUUUUUUUUUUUUUUUUUUUUUUUCUUUCUCCCUCCUCUCCUCCAGAGCUCCUCCUCUGCCGUCGGAGAGCGGACACCGGGCACAUUUUUUUGCUCAAUGAGAGCAAGAGGGCACCGGAGAGGAUUUGCGGCUGUUUUCCUCGCCUCUGUCUAAGAGGCUAAUAUGAAGACAUCAUUUGGCAAACCAGACCCCGGAAAGCACCCCCAAUCCUUUCAACCCAUUUGAAACCGAAGACAGCGUCAUGCAUUGUCUCCCGUAAAAGCCUGCGCCCUGCUCUUCCUACCCAGCCAUUGACCGCGAGGACACCCCGAGCUGCACAGACAUGGGUCCAGAUCAACCCUGCACGGGCGCCCUGGAGAGAAGGACCACGUCGGGGGCCGCCUGUAAGCAGCAGGCCCACCGGUGCCUGCGGAAAAAGCUGAGGCCGGUGCGAAUCGUGGGGUUCGUCCUCAGCCUGGUGGCCCUAAGUGCUGUCUCCUUCAGUGCCUUGACCUGGAGCUCAGCGGGUUUCAGUGAGCCGGUGCUCCCCCGGGAAAGUCUCCACCUGUCGACCCCCCACAGGACUCUGCUUUUCACCCAACACCAGAGGGACCCCAAUGUGUCAGCCGACACGCCAACAGCCAUGAAAUCUACAGCCCAGUUCAACGAGACCCAGGGGGAGUACCCGCCAGACCUUUUCACUCGUGAGGAGCGGCGCCAGGGAGCCGUGGUCCUCUACAUAUUUGGCAUGAUCUACAUGUUCAUCGCUUUAGCCAUAGUGUGUGACGAGUUCUUCGUCCCGGCGCUGACGGUCAUCACGGAGAAGCUGUCCAUUUCCGACGACGUGGCGGGCGCCACCUUCAUGGCGGCGGGCGGCUCGGCCCCGGAGCUCUUCACCUCCAUCAUCGGGGUCUUCAUCUCGCACAGCAACGUGGGCAUCGGGACCAUCGUGGGCUCGGCCGUCUUCAACAUCCUCUUUGUGAUCGGGAUGUGCGCCAUCUUCUCCAAGGAGAUCCUCAACCUGACGUGGUGGCCCCUGUUCCGCGACGUCUCCUUCUACAUCCUGGAUCUGAUCAUGCUCAUCAUCUUCUUCCUGGAUAACUUCAUCUCCAUGUGGGAAAGUAUCACGCUGCUCUCGGCCUACGCCGCCUACGUGAUCUUCAUGAAGUGCAACAGCACGGUGGAGAACUUCGUCAAGGGUUGCAUGAACAAGAACCAAGUGGUGGAAGUAGAAGUGCAGCCCAAGGAAAGUCCCGGGGCGCCGGAGGAUGACGGCAAGCUGUCGGCCAGGCCCCGGCUUCAGAGGGGGGGUAGUUCCGCCUCCCUGCACAACAGCUUGAUGAGGAACAGCAUUUUCCAGCUGAUGAUUCACACGCUGGACCCUUUAAGUGAAGAAUUUGCUGACUCUGAGCUUGGGACUUAUGGGAAACUAAAAUAUUAUCACUCAAUGACUGAGGAAGGUAAAUUUCGAGAGAAGGCAUCCAUCCUCCACAAGAUCGCUAAAAAGAAAUGCCAAGUGGAGGACAGUGAGAAGGCCAACGGGGUUGCAAGCCGCUCAGACAAGAACCUUCCAAACAGCUCCAGCGUGGAAGUGGAGGUGACACCACCCAUGAAUGGCACAGCAGGUCAAGAGGGAGAGACGGCUGAGGAAGAGGAGGAGGAGGACCAGCCUCUGAGCCUGUCCUGGCCCGAGUCCAACCGCAAGCGCCUCACCUACCUCCUAAUCAUCCCCAUUGUCCUCCCCCUGUGGAUC